UUAACAAAUGACGGCAAUUGUCAACUGUAGAUCGAUCUCGUGAAUUGUUUGAGAGCGAAAGGUGAUAGUCACUUGUUAUUUUGUACGAGUUAGAUUGUUGUGAUAGUCUUGUGUUUCCGAAAACCACAUUGAAGACUUUGCAAGAUUUGAUAAUUGCUGUGAAUCAGUGAAUGAAUGGUGAAUUUGAAGAUUGAAGUAUUCUAGUGAAUCUAGUGAAUUGUUGUAGUGUUGUUACAUACAUAAAUACAACAUACCAAAUUGCAGCAGUGUACGUUCCCAGGGUGAUGAAAAUUUCGUCCCGUAAUAAUUGCAGUUGAAUGUCUCCUUUAGAAAUCGAGGAGCUGCGCUUCUCGAGUGCGGCCAGCUCUCCUCCCUUGCCUCCUGCCGCUCCUCCGGCGGCGCGGGGGCUGCUGGCCGGGGCCUUGGCUGGCAGGGCGAGGGAGGCGCCGGGGGGCGGCGGGGCGGCGGCGGGGGUCGGCGCCGAGGCGCUCGCCUCGCCUUUCCCGCCCCGCCCUCCGCCCGCCACCGCCCCCACCGCGCGCGCCUUGCCGUCGGGCGCCGUGAGGAGCGGCGUGGGCGUGGGCGUUGGCGUGGGCGGGGUGGGCGGCGGCAUGUGGACGGCGGUGGCGCCGCCCGCCGACGGCUCCGCGCCCGCCUCCCGCGCCAAGCACAGCGCCACGCUGCUCGGCGGCCACGUCUACCUGCUGGGCGGCCGCAACGGGAACCUGCCGCUCAAGGACCUCUGGCGGUACAGCCUC